AUGGGAAAAAGCGGGGCUCGCCGCAAAGGUGGCUCCGUCGCGGGCACCCCAAGUCCCAAAAAGUUCAAGCCAGCCAAGUUCCAAGAAAUCUUCGACGCGAUGAAAACUUACAAAGACGACAGCGGGGACCUUAUCAGCGCUCCUUUCAACCGUCUCCCUCAAAAACGCUCGAAUCCGGAAUACUACAAAAUCAUCGAAUCCCCAAUUGAUCUUUCCACUAUCCAGCGAAAAAUAAGAAACGACGAGUAUCCUGAUUUCGAUCUUUUUCAAAAAGACGUAGAACUACUCACAGACAACGCGAAAAAGUUCUACGACGUAAAUGACAAGGAACUGGGCUCUACAACUUGA